GAUUCCCACUAUUAAUUUCUUCCGAUUCCCAAUUUCCAGGAGGUAAAGAAAUUCUGGAGGGAAGAGCAGAAGAGGGAUCCGAUCGAUGGACAACAAGGCGGCGGUAGACGCCUUCUCGAUCGCCCCCUCCAUCGUCCUCGGCCGCACCAUCGCCCUCCGCGUCCUCCUCUGCGGUUCCCUCCGCCUCCUCCGCCGCCGUCUCUCCUUCCUCAUCCUCAUUGUCCUCGGACGCCUCCGCAGCGGCGCGCGGCACCUUCUCGCCUGGCUCCAUCCCCGAAACGCCCAGGGCACCCUCGGACUCGUCACCAUCGUCGCCUUCGCUCUCCGCCGCUUCGGCAAUGUGCGCGCCGAGUUCGGCUACCGGCGCAGGUUCUGGCGCAACAUGCUACACAGCGCUCUCACCUACGAGGAGUGGUCGCACGCCGCCAAAAUGCUCGAAAGUGACAUGACGCCCAAGAUGAGGGAAAGCGACCUCUACGACGAGGAGCUCGUCCGGAACAAGCUGCAGGAACUGCGACACCGCCGCCGUGAGGGAUCCUUGCGGGACAUUGUCUUCUGCAUGCGCACCGACAUUCUCAGGAAUCUCGGCAACAUGUGCAACCCCGAGCUCCACAAGGGGAGGCAUCAGGUACCUAAACUAAUCAAGGAGUACAUUGAUGAGGUCUCAACUCAACUGAAAAUGGUUUGCGAUUCAGACUCCGAUGAGUUGCUCUUGGAAGAGAAACUUGCAUUUAUGCAUGAAACAAGGCAUGCUUUUGGUAGGACAGCUUUGCUUUUAAGUGGUGGUGCUUCAUUGGGUGCUUUCCAUGUAGGUGUAGUGAGAACACUAGUGGAGCAUAAGCUUCUGCCUCGAAUUAUAGCAGGAUCUAGUGUAGGUUCCGUUAUUUGUGCUGUUGUAGCCACAAGAUCUUGGCCUGAGCUUGAGUGCUUCUUUGAAAAUUCUUGGCACUCGUUGCAGUUUUUUGAUCAGUUGGGUGGGAUAUUCACCGUGGUUAAAAGGAUCAUGACACAUGGUGCAGUCCAUGAGAUUAGGCAAUUACAAAGUCUUUUGAGGCACCUUACGAGUAAUUUAACAUUUCAAGAGGCUUAUGAUAUGACUGGUAUUGUUCUCGGUAUCACUGUGUGCUCUCCAAGAAAGCAUGAAUCACCACGGUGUCUUAAUUACUUGACCUCUCCUCAUGUUGUUAUCUGGAGUGCUGUAACUGCAUCUUGUGCAUUUCCUGGUCUAUUUGAGGCUCAGGAGUUGAUGGCAAAAGAUAGAUUUGGUGAAAUUGUUCCUUUUCACGCACCGUUUUCAUUGGGCAUGGAGGAUAAUCCUAAAGCUUCAGCUCGUCGGUGGAGAGAUGGAAGCUUGGAAAGUGAUUUGCCUAUGAUUCAACUGAAGGAAUUAUUUAAUGUCAACCACUUUAUUGUUAGUCAAGCAAAUCCCCAUAUAGCUCCAUUGUUGAGAGUAAAGGAAAUUAUCAGAGUUUAUGGAGGAAACUUUGCUGCAAAGCUUGCUCACCUUGUCGAAAUGGAAGUUAAACAUCGAUGCAAUCAAGUUCUUGAACUCGGUAUUCCAUUAGGUGGCCUUGCUAAGUUGUUUGCUCAAGAUUGGGAGGGAGAUGUUACUGUUGUUAUGCCAGCCACCCUUGCUCAGUACUCAAAGAUUAUACAAAAUCCGUCUCGUGUGGAACUUCAAAAGGCUGCUAACCAAGGGAGGAGAUGCACAUGGGAGAAGCUGUCCGCAAUAAAGGCUAACUGUGCCAUUGAACUUGUACUGGAUGAGUGUGUUGUUCUUCUUAACCGUAGUCGCAGCCUCAAGAGAAGUGCUAAAAGAGAUGCUACAUCUCAAAGCCUCACAAACUUCAUGCGACUUAAUGCUGCUGGGAGAAUUCCUUCAUGGAAUUGCAUUGCAAGAGAAAACUCAGCAGACUCUCUUGAAGAAGAUUUAGUAGCCGAAUCUGCUGCAUCAAUCCACCAGGGAAAUCCUACAGCUGGGCAAUCGAACAGACAUAGGCAGACUCAACAAGGCACGCAUGAUGGAAGUGAUAGCGAAUCAGAAUCAGAAAGUGCAGACUUAAAUUCUUGGACAAGAAGUGGUGGUCCUUUGAUGAGGACGACCUCUGCUGUCAUAUUUAUUAACUUUGUGCAGAAACUUGAGACGGAAACAGAGUGUAGCAGAUUUGGCGAAGAAGAGAUUGACACUUCAGCAACACAGUUCAAUUUGAUCGGGAGUCAAGCGGUCGGUGGGGGUACUUACUAUAACAACUCAAGGGUAAUAACUCCUGAUAGAAGCUCAGAAAAUGCAGAUUCAAAGAGUAGCAGCAGAGUCCCAGUCGCUGCUUCCACAAGCAUUACACUUUCCGAAGGUGAUCUUUUGCAAACUGAGAAGGUUCACAAUGGUAUUGUGUUUAAUAUCGUAAAGAAGGCCACCUUGUUACGCGGUAGCAGCAACCCCGAACUGCACCAGGAUUGUUGUAGAGUAGCAGAUGAAGAGAAUGUGCCAGCGGAAAUUUGUGAUAGCAGCAAAACCUCGGACUUAGGCAAAGAGGACGAUAACCCUACACCGAACCAAGAUUACAAGUCUCUAUAUCGAGGUGACGAUUGUAUUUAUGGCUCAAAUGGAAUGAAUGGAAGCGGUAGCAGUGGCCAUGUCUAGCCCUGGCGGUUUGGAUGUGGAUUGCUAGUAGAUGGGUGUGGAUGUACAUACACCGUGAAAAAGGAUAACGUUGCGAUAUACAAUCAACAACUACUGU